CCGUACUACUUUCCCUCCCUACACAUGCGGCUCACGCGCUUUAACCUCUCAUCGCCCAUCGCCAACCGGCGAUGCCCUAAACGCAAACGCCAUUCCUCCUCUAACAACCCCUUUCUUCUCUUUCAAUCUAUUCUUUGCUGUUUCUCUUCUCCGGUUUCGAUCGAUCUAUGGGGGAGAUGGCGGAUUCUUUGACGGCGACGGCGCCGUCUUCGCGGCCGUUGCCUUUCCGUGAGGAUUGUUGGAGCGAGGAGGCGACGGCCACGCUUGUGGACGCUUGGGGGCGGCGGUUUAUGGAGCUUAACAGGGGGAAUCUCCGGCAUAAGGACUGGCAGGAUGUGGCUGACGCCGUUAACGAGCUUCACGGCCACACGAAGAAGGGCCGCCGGACGGAUGUGCAGUGUAAGAACCGGAUCGAUACCCUGAAGAAGAAGUACAAGGCGGAGAAAGCGAAGAUCGUUGAGUCUGACGGAACCCUAACGGCGUCCACGUGGCCGUUCUUCUCGCGCCUCGAUGUUUUGAUUGGGAAUUCCGGUAAGCAACAGUUUCCGAAAGUUUCGCCUGUAAUGGCGGCGAGCGCGUCUACGUUACCGUUACCGUCGCCGUCGCCGUCGCCUCUGCUUCUGUCGUUACCGUCGCCGCCGAUUGCGGUGCCGCUAGCGUACCGGUGGCCGACGCCGGCGGUGGUUCUUCCCCAGAAGCGGCCGGCGCCGGCCAUGGACGACUCCUAUUUCAGGCGGAACUACUCGGCCGUGGCUGCGGCGGCGGCAGCCGCCGCCGCCACGGAGGAUAAAGAUGCAAAUGAGUACGACGGCAGGGAAGAAUCGGAGGAAGAGAUGGAGGCGAGUGAGGGGAUUAAAGAGGAAGAUGGAAUCAGGAGGCUAGCCAAGGCGAUUGAGAGAUUCGGAGCCAUUUACGAGAGGGUUGAGGGGAUGAAACGGCGGCAAAUGAUCGAGCUUGAGAAGCAGAGAAUGGAAUUCGCUAAGGAUUUGGAGCUUCAGAGGAUGCAGUUGUUUAUGGAUACUCAGGUUCAGCUCGAGAAGAUUAAGCAAGCCAAACGCCCCGCAUCAGAUGAUAUCUAUAGCUAGCCAAGCAGAGAAGAAGCUGUUCAUCCUUUGGUGAUAGAUAGAUUUAGGGUUUUUUUUUUUUUUUGUUUUCUGGGAUUGUGUUUCUCAUUUAAUUUAGUAAAAAAUUUCAGGACCAUAAUUAUUUCUUCUGUGAAAUAGUGGUAGAUUAGCCUCCAUCAAA